ACUCCGACUCAGAAGCAGUCUAUGUAUAAGAGCCUCGUGGUCGGCCUUGUGUGCUUAGCUCCAUCAUCUUGACAGUCGUUGACGACAGAGUACUCAAGAAGGACUCAGACGCCAAGACAUUAAACAGUGUUCGGGACGAGAAUAUGAAAGAAGAAACAUCCAGCAAAAGGCACAAAAGGCGCAGGGUACUAAGUGGGAACACCCCUGCCAGGCCGGUGUUAGCAAUGCAGUCUCUCUCUCUAACACCACACUGUUUACACACUUUCUUUGCAGGCACCACUUCGGGGAAUAUCCUGGAGCGCCUUUUGGGACAACAUGGAGGGAUCGCGUAGAGUGUUUUGAUGCCGGCGUGCACGGCCAAGUGGAGCCUGGUAUACAUGGCAUCAAGGAAAUGGGCGCCUUCUCCAUCGUCGUAUCGGGUCAAUACAAAUAUGACAAGGAUUACGGGGACACGAUUUUAUAUACAGGUUCAGGGGGUUGCAAACUCCCUGAUGGUAUGCGCGAGCAGACACGCGACCAGGAAUGGUCGGAUUCUGGAAACGAAGCACUUCGUAAAUCUUCCGAAACAAGAAUACCCGUACGCGUCAUUCGGGGCUACGAGCUCGAGUCUGAAUUUGCGCCAUGGGAAGGCUUUCGGUAUGAUGGCUUGUACAUCUGUAAACGUGCGUGGAGAGAGAAGGAGAGAGACGGUUAUCAUAAAAUCUGUCGUUACAUUAUGGAGAGAGUUCCAGGCCAACCACCCUUACGCCGUCGUUCAACGACUUAUGGCUUUUACAAGCCGUCACCAGGCUCCCAAGCCACCGUGAAGCCGCCAGGGCCGGCUCCAGUAAAUGGACGCCAAAGAAUCAGGCAGCGGCUACAGGCCUCGAUCAAUAACGAUCUCACUUGGAUGGGAAUGAGCCCUGGGUCUUCGUAAAAGGAUCUACCGUCGAGCUCACUUGCAAACAUGGUGUGCGAGAGGCCCUCUUGCGCCUAUCACGCCCAAGCCCAGACCCAACGAAUUCAAGGAAAUGAGGGACUCGUACGAUAGCCCAGGUGGAAA